AAUAAAUAAAUAAAUAAAGGGAAUACGAAGAAGCUCGAUUCCCGAAAUUACCCUCUGAAAAUUCCCUUAAUUUCCUACAAACAACUCAUUCACUGUCACUCAAAUCUUCUCUUUUUCUCUUUUCUUCCACCCAACCAAAGCAAAACAAGAUUCCCACCUCAAAAAUGCUGUGCAAAAUGGUGAUGGCGCCCCGAAAAAAGAAGAGCGGGUCGGUUCCGGUUUAUUUGAACGUUUACGACUUGACUCCGAUUAACGGCUACGCUUACUGGCUCGGACUCGGGAUCUACCAUUCUGGAGUUCAAGUUCAUGGAGUUGAGUACGGGUUUGGAGCUCAUGACCAUUCAACGACGGGGAUUUUUGAGGUGGAGCCAAAGCAGUGUCCUGGUUUCACGUUUAGGAAGUCAAUUUUGAUUGGUAGAACAGAUCUUGGGCCUAAAGACGUCCGUUCGUUUAUGGAGAAACUAGCAGAAGAUUACUCUGGUAACACCUAUCAUCUCAUCACUAAGAACUGCAAUCACUUUUGCAACGAUGUUUGUCUCCAGUUAACCGGGAAACCAAUCCCUCGCUGGGUCAAUCGUCUUGCUCGUUUGGGUUUCUUCUGCAACUGCGUUCUUCCAGCAGGGUUGAAUGAAACAAAGGUCCGGCAAGUUAGAUCAGACGUUCGGGUUAUAGAGGGAGAAAAGAAGAAAUUGAGAAGCCAUUCGAGUAGAUACAUAGCUUCUUCUGAUCCUCUUUCUGGUCAACAAUUGUCAUCUUGUCCUUCGGGUUCUGGGAUCAGAAGUAAUAGUAGACAAAGACGUUGUAUUCCUUCAUCUUCGACUUUGGUUCAUAGUUCCUCAACGUCUACAUUGAGCUUGAAGCUUUAAUUUUUGUUGUGGUUUUACACUCUUUGGGGUUUUACAGUUUUACAAAUCAAUGACAGAUGGGGAAGAAUUGCGAAUGUUAAUUUUGCCCCAUUGUGUUAUCCAAUCAUGCCAAUCUUCCUUUAUGGAUGUGGAAACAGCUGCCGGAAAACUUGAGCAGUGUUUCGGUUUUCUGUAAGAAAAAAAAAAUGCCUCUUAUUGAAUAGCAUAUUUAUGUUUUUGAA